UAAAAGACUCGAGGAUUUUGAGCCAGGGCAGACUGAUCUGUGCAGCGAAGCAGCCGCACUAUGAAGUUCCUGAGUCUCACUGCCGUGGUCGUCGGCCUCCUGAGUCGCCAGGUCAUCGGGGGCCAGCUGUUUUCAAGCUUUGGGAAUGGUUUCGGUAGCGGAUCGUUGGGAGGAGCAUUUGGAGGAAGCUCACUCCGCAGUGGAAGCGGCUUCGGCGGUGGAUACGGCAGCGGAUAUGGCAGUGGAUUUGGCAGCGGAAGUGGACUAAGCGGAUUUGCUGGAAACGGUGGUCUCUGGGGCAACAGUUACGGUGGACUAUAUGGAAGCAGCCCAUUCUCAAUGUGGAGGAGGUUGACUGCGCCCCUUAUGUUGUCAAGCGGAAGCGGUGGCUCCUGGGGCAACAUCUACGAUGGGUACGGAAGCAGCCCCUUCUCAUACUGGAGUACUCCAGUCUACGUACUGAGGUUGUUUUCUGUGCCGCGCGGAGGAAGUCAAGGCGUGAGUGGACAGUGGGAUCUCCCCAGAGUAGGUUCGCCACUGACGUGGUUAACGUGGGGUAAUCCCAGUGGUCUAAUUUCUGCGGGCACGCCUUGGGGAUUUCAGGGACCUAGGGGGAGUGGUGCAUUCCCGCGGCCAUGGGGAGGAAUCAGUGGUCCACAGGGUGGCUUGUACGGCAUGCCUGGUGGAAUAAUUGGAACCGGAGGGUAUGGUCAACAAUGGGGCCAAGGGGGACAAGGCGAUAAAGAGAACCAGAAUGAACCGCAAGGGGGACUCAGUGGACUUGGAGGAUUCGGCAGGCUGUUCGGAAGCGGUGGCCAAAGCAGGUCCGGCAGCCCGAACGGUCAGCAAGGAGGUUUCAGCGGAUUUGGAGGACUAGGCGGACUGUCGGUCUAUGGCGGCGAAAGCGGAAUGGGUGGGCUGCGCGGACAGCAAGGAGAACUUGGUGGGAUUGGAGGACUGGACGGAAUGUCAGGCGAUGUCGCAGAAAGCGAUUACGAUGGCCUUUCCAGUCAAGGCAAUUCGGCAGGCGUCGGUAGUGGACUAUUUGGCUGGGGCAGCCAAGGUGGAGAUUUCGGAUCUAGUGGAAGCGGAAACUACGGCAGCCGACGCGGCGUGGGUGGAAGCAGCGGUGGACGAGGAUUUGGCGGAUUGGGAAGUUUUGGUCAGACUUCGUUGAGCAGUUUCGGUAGCAAUAACGGCUGGGAUCCAAGUAGCCAAGGUAGCAGUUUCGGUAGCAGCAGUGGUCUCUCAGGAAGGAACAAUCAAGGGAGUGGAUAUACGUGGCUCUUUUCUGGCCUAGGUGCUCGUCAAGGCUCAGCUGGUCAACUAGGCAGCGUCGGAAGUGGAUUCGGUGGACUGGGCGUUUCCGGCGGUUCCAGCCAAGGCUGGCUGAGCCGUGCCACUGGCCUCUCGCAAAGACAAUUGCUGCGUCUUUACAGAAAGUAUAGAAAAAGCGGUAUCAGAUGCACAUUUAUAGAAUACCUCAGGCGACGUGGAUACCUCGGUGGCUUCAUUGGAGGUCCCUCAUUUGGCGGUAGACAAGGAAGUGGAGGGCGACGGGGAGAUGGCAGCAGUUUCUGGUAUUGGAGUUCCACACCCACAUACCGAUACACUUGGGGAACACCUCUGGGUGGCUCUGCACCAUCACAAGGAAGUAGCUCUGGCGGAAGCUCUUUUGGUGGACUCAGUGGAUUGUCAAGCGGUGGAUAUGGCGGUUCGAGCAGCGGUUUGGGAGGAAGUUUUGGCGGCAGUUACAGCUGGAGUUCAGGUGCUGGCAGCGGCAGGCAGCAGCAGGAAGACGAGGGACAGCAGCAGCAGAAGGUGCUUUUGAAAUAAAGUUCUUUGUUUCAAUACACAA